GUAGAUCUACUGAAAAUUACCCUAUUGUCCUCUCUCAAAGUUUGUGGGUUGUCAAUUGCAAAUUUUGCAAUUUCCACAUCACAAACCAUACACGAUUGACGAUCCCCUCUUCAUCCUUCAACAGUUUACUGUCAUCACCACCACCUUCAAUCUUCUGCAUCUCCUAACUCAAAUUCUCUCUCCUCCAUUUUCAAUUUUCACCCCUCAAAAUUUGCCAGAAAAAUGGAACCAGACGUGAGCAUAGAAUCAAUGUGCACGAUUCGAAUCGCAGUUGUCCCAAUUGGUCAAAUCUCACCAUCCCUUUUCAGAGAAUACGCUUCUCUUUUAACCCUUCACUCAAAAAUUGAUCUUUCAUCAAUAAGCUCAUUUUACACUGAACAUCAAAAAUCUCCCUUCACCCAUCAACCCUGGGAUACUGGGUGUCUUCGUUUUAAGUUCAUACUUGGUGGGUCCCCUCCUAGUCCUUGGGAAGAUUUUCAAUCUAAUCGUAAAAUUUUGUCUGUAAUUGGGAUUUUUCAUUGCCCUUCUUCACCUGAUCUUGAUUCAGUCAAUGAUCAUUUUGGCUUGGUUUGUAAGGGUUAUGCAUCUUCUUUGGCUCAAAAGUGUUUUGGGUUUUGUCCUGGAGAUCAACAGCUCAAAGAUGGCAAUAAACGACAGGACAAUUUGAACUUGUUUCCUCCUGCAGACAGGCAGACUCUGGAGAUGCAUAUGCACACAAUGAUGCAGGAUAUCGCUGCUUCAUUGUUGAUGGAAUUUGAAAAUUGGGUCCUCAAAGCGGAAUCUGUUGGGACAAUUGUCAAGACACCUCUGGAUUCACAAGCCAGUCUCAGCUCAGAGGAGGUGAUCAAGGCAAAAAAGCGGAGACUUGGUCGUGCGCAGAAAACCAUAGGAGAUUACUGUCUUUUAGCUGGUUCACCUGUUGAUGCCAAUGCUCACUACAAUACUGCUUUAGAACUUGCCAGAUUGACAGGGGACUUUUUUUGGUAUGCGGGGGCCCUGGAAGGCAGCGUUUGUGCACUAAUGAUGGACCGGAUAGGCCACAGAGAUCCAGUUCUGGAGGAUGAGGUGAAGUACCGGUAUAACAGUGUUAUCAUACACUAUAGGAAGUCAUUCAUACAGGACAAUGCACAAAGAGUUUCUCCCGUGAGCUUUGAACUUGAGGCUACUUUAAAGUUGGCUCGAUUCCUCUGCAGGAGGGAACUAGCUAAAGAAGUAGUAGAUCUUCUGACAAAUGCAGCAGAUGGUGCAAAAUCAUUGAUUGAUGCCACUGAUCGAUUAGUACUGUAUGUUGAGAUAGCUCGACUUUAUGCAAGACUGGGGUAUGAAAGAAAAGCUGCCUUCUUUUCAAGGCAGGUAGCUCAGCUGUAUCUGCAACAGGAGAAUAGAUUUGCUGCUAUAAGUGCCUUGCAAGUGCUAGCUAUAUCAACAAAAGCUUAUCGUGUUGAGAGCAAAGCAUCUAGUGCCCGAGAUUCACAUUCUGAAAAUGGAUCAACUCCUGUGGAUGGUGGAAAGAUGAAUCCCAAUUCUAUUGUUUCACUUUUCGAGUCCCAGUGGAGCACUUUGCAGAUGGUUGUGCUUCGAGAAAUUCUUCAAUCUGCUGUGCGAGCAGGAGAUCCUCUUGCUGCAUGGAGUGCGGCUGCACGGCUGUUGAGAAGCUACUACCCUCUUAUUACACCAGCUGGACAAAAUGGCCUUGUUACUGCUCUUACUAACUCAGCAGCAAGGCUUCCUUCAGGGACUCGUUCUGCUGACCCUGCUUUGCCUUUCAUUAGGUUACAUUCUUUUCCUAUCAGUCCAUCUCAGAUGGAAAUUAUAAAGCGAACUUCUGGGAGGGAAGAUUGGUGGGCGGGGUCUGCUCCCACAGGGCCUUUUAUCUACACUCCAUUCAGCAAAGGGGACAUCAAUACUAGCAGUAAGCAAGAGCUAAUUUGGGUUGUUGGUGAACCAAUUCAGGUGCUAGUUGAAUUGGCCAACCCAUGUGGUUUUGAUCUGGUUGUCGAUAGUAUAUAUCUCUCUGUUCCUACUGGGAAUUUUGAUGCUUUCCCCAUCAGUGUGACUCUUUCCUCCAAUUCAUCAAAAGUUAUUGCAUUGUCUGGAAUUCCAACAUCAGUGGGACCCAUAACUGUUCCAGGAUGCAUUGUUCACUGCUUUGGAGUUAUCACUGAACAUCUUUUCAGAGACGUUGACAACCUACUGCUUGGUGCAGCACAGGGGCUUGUUCUUUCUGAUCCUUUCCGUAGCAGUGGCUCUCCAAGUUUGAGAAAUGUAGCUGUUCCAAAUAUUUCUGUGGUUUCACCACUGCCAUUGCUUGUCUCACAUGUUGUAGGUGGUGACGGUGCUGUAAUUUUAUAUGAAGGUGAAAUCCGUGAUGUUUUUAUAAGUCUGGCCAAUGCAGGAACUGUUCCAGUUGAGCAAGCACAUAUAUCCUUGUCUGGAAAAAAUCAAGACGCUGUCCUUUCAAUCGCAUAUGAAAACUUGAAAUCUGCCCUUCCACUUAAACCAGGUGCUGAGAUUACUUUGCCAGUAACCAUCAGAUCCUGGCAACAUACCCCUGUGGACUUUGAUUCUGCUGCAGGGAGGUCUGGGGGUUUGGGACGACAAUCAAAAGAUGGGACUAGUCCAAUGUUGAUGAUUCAUUAUGCAGGUCCCAUGGGAAGUAACACAGAGUCUCCAGUAAAUAAUUCUGUUAUACCUCCUGGAAGACGCUUGGUUGUGCCGUUGAAUGUUUGUGUUGCACAGGGAUUGUCUUUUGUGAAGGCUCGUAUGUUGUCCAUGGAUUUUCCUGCUCAUGUUGGUGAAAACCUUCCCAAACCAUCUCAAGCAGACAAUACUAUCGAGUCAUCUCCAGGUUCUAACAGAAUAGAAAGAUUGGUGAAAAAGGAUCCGUAUAGAGGCACUUGGGGACUACGCUUCCUUGAACUUGAGUUGUCUAACCCCACUGAUGUCGUGUUUGAUAUUAGUGUUUCCGUUCAGCUAGAGAAUUCCAGUAGCGAGGAUAGCUCUAGUGACCCAGAAGCUGCUGAGUAUGGCUAUCCAAAAACCACUAUUGACAGGGAUUCCACUGCUAGAGUGCUUAUACCACUGGAACAUUUUAAGCUGCCUGUUCUUGAUGCGUCCUUUUUUAUGAAGGAGCCUUUGCUUGAUAGAACUUCUAGUCGUAGACAUUCUAGCUUUUCGGAGAAGAGUGCUAAAGCCGAGCUGAAUGCUUGUAUUAAGAACUUGAUAUCUAGGAUUAAAGUCCGGUGGGAUUCUGGAAGGAACAACACUGGAGAACUCAACAUAAAGGAUGCAAUGCAGGCAGCCCUUCAAACAUCUGUUAUGGAUGUGCUGCUCCCUGAUCCCUUGACAUUUGCCUUCCGGCUUGCUCAGGAUGGUUUAGGAGCCAAUCCACAGAGGUCUGAAACCGAGAGUUUGGUUUUAGCGCAUAACAUGACUCCUAUGGAAGUUCUGGUUCGUAAUAACACGAAGGAAUUGAUCAAGAUGAAUCUCAACAUUACAUGCAGAGACGUAGCUGGAGAGAACUGUCUUGAGGGUUCCAAGGCUACUGUAUUGUGGGCUGGUGUUCUAAAUGGAAUCAGCUUGGAAGUACCCCCGCUUCAGGAAAUUAAGCACCCAUUCUCCAUGUACUUCCUAGUACCCGGCGAGUAUACUUUAGUUGCUGCCUCACUGAUAAACGAUGCUAAUGAGAUCCUUAGAGCACGUGCAAGAAGUGAUUCCCCCACUGAACCGAUCUUCUGCCGGGGACCACCUGUUCACCUCCGUGUUUGUGGGUCUGCGUAAUUGGUCAUUAGCUUGCAAUCCAGUGAUUAGGCAGAGAUUAGUAAUUUUUAAUAGGAUUGAGCUGAAAUCAAGUGCGGCUUCUGGGUGCCCAAGUAUUCUUCGCCGAACUUAGUUAAAAGUUCUGUUUCCUUGCUGCAGACUUGCAGGGUUCAUUGAGUUGCACUGUAGGAAUUUGGAGGAUUUGCUCUCCCUCCAUAAUCCACGCAACAAUAUUAAAGCAUGCAACAGAGCAAUUCGUCUGUUCGAACAACACUAACCAGUUGUCUGGUUAAUAUUUUUAGUUAUAUUAUUAUAUCUAAAUUUAUAA